UUAAAAUGUCGCCCACAGUUGUGAAAAAAUGAAGUGAUUUCCGAAAAUUGUUGCUAAAUUACUAAACAAAAGGUGAAAUUAAGAUUUGUAAUGGCCCCGAAAAGUGAAUAGUGUUGGUGGAGUCCUAGUUGUGCAUGAAAGAACCGCCUUCCAAAGAAGGGAGCCCAAUGGCGAGUAAUGAAGAUGAAUAAAUGCCAACGACGCCUGGAAUUUCAAUCAAAUGUGUACAAAUGUUAAAACGAAAUUGCAAAGCGACGCCAUGCGCGCAAUGUUAAUAAAGUACAGAAACUAGAGUGAAGCAGGGAUAUAUUACUUGGCGGAUCCUCUUGGGCAAUCAAUCAGUCAGAGCGUUCUAAUCAAUACCCCUUCCUCCCACUUCAAUUUGUGUCUUGCAGAACAGGAGGAUGACUUCAAGUUGCACCUGCCUCUCCUCGUGACAAGAAGAAAGAAGACGCCCGGUGGCUCCCGCAAGCAGAGUUUUGACCACCUGGAGGUGAGCUUCACCAGAAGCAAUAGGGGUAACAACUUGCUGACCAUCGAUGGGAAGCCCUUCACCCUCAAUCGUCGGAUCAAGGAUGUGUGCUACUGGGAGUGCGUCAAGCUGCGCUGCAAGUACAUCAAGUGCUCCGCCCGUGUGGUGACCAAAUCCAAUCGGAUCUCGGCACUGAGCGGGCUCCACAACCAUCCCUAAGUUACGAACUACCUGUGCCAUCUCAUUAGUCUAAUAAAGGUGUUUACGUUGAAUCAGUUUAUAUCUUCCGCCUCUCCUAUCGUUGUUGAUUCUAUAGUGUCCUUGCGCAACUCAGGACGCCCUCUGACUAAUCUCUUUCAAUUCUUGCAGCAUGCUACCAACUGGUGCCCAAUCGCCGCGGUGGGAAGAACCUCAUCUUCCAGGGGCACAUGUACUCCGUGGAGCGCAAGUACCGAAACAGCAUCAACUGGGUAUGUUCCAAGAACAGCAACAGCGUGCUUCGCUGCCCGGCGAGGUGCGUCACAAAUCCGGAGAGUGGCAAUGGCAUCAAGCUGAGCCACCGACGCCACAAUCAUCCGGCGGAUGCCUUUAAGCCCCACAAGCGCUGUCGAAAGCGUCCCGGCGAUCGAAAGUAACAAGUAACCAUGUUUCAGGAUGCAAAGCAUGCAGGCUUCGGCAAUUGUUAGUCACACUAAAUAUAAAUGUUUCUCAUCGUUGUCGAAUUGUAACAUUUUGGUGUAAUGGAAUCACUGUUCAUUUGGUUUUGGGCUUUCACAUAUCCGAAUUACUUUACUAAUACUCACUCAUCAGCACGUUUCCCAUAAACUAAUUAUAGUUUUAAGCUGUAGUUAAUUCCAAACGACUUAUGACUUACUAUGAAAAUCUCCUAACAGAUUUUCGCCACAGUUGUGUUUGCCGACGGAACGGAGUUACGAUAAUCGAUGGCUACCGCUUCGUGAUCGGUACUACAAAUCUGCGUCGCACCUAUCUGAAGUGCGCCAACUUUCGCAGCAACUGCCGGGCCCGGGCCAUUCUUAAUACGGAUACGAACAAAGUGCGGAUGAGGCACGACCGCCAUAAUCACUCCCGUACGGAUGCUGUGAGCGGACGUAUCUCUAAGAAGUAGCAGGUACCGAGCUGUCUAGAGGAAUAAACAUGCUGUUUCCGUUUAAAAAUGUUUAACUGCUUUUCACUACCAACGAAAAACCAUAAUAACCUUACAUCCUCACCCAUAAUUUGAAAGACCUGUCCUAAUCUAACUAAAUUCGCCAAUCUCUUGCAGAUAACUCGAAAAUAGCGCAGUAUGUGCGCUCCAACCGAGGAACCGAUCUCGUUUACCACGAGGGAAACACCUACACACCCAAUGAAAAGCUGAGGGAGGGACAAAAGAGUCGAGACUGGAAGUGCUCAAUGUACCAUAAGGCCAAGUGCCGGGCCCGCCUGGUUACUCGCAUUACCGGUGGAGGGGAUAUUAUACACGUGACCAGCAACCUGCACACACAUCCCACAAUGUACACCACGCAGAAAACGGACAUUAGCGUGGUUGACCAGAAACUGUGCCUCGAAAGGAAUCCACUCUGCGUUAACACUCGAUCGAUUAAAAUGUAGAUCAAGACAUCUUUCGACAUUGCGCCAUCUCCCAGUUGAGGCCAUAUUUGAUGCGGACGGCAAACAGAUGGACUUCAUACCCAACAUUCGCGUCAUCCGAAGUCAGCGGAAGACCAUAAAGCUGAUGUUUAAAAAAUAUGCCUACUCGAAGACCAACGAGCACGAUACCACAACCUACUGGCACUGCCGAAGUCGUCGCAAUGGAAGGCCUGCGUGCAAGGCCCGGUUUUCCACCAAGAAGCUCAAGAACGGUAGCUACAAAGUAUAUCUGACCCAGCCGGAGCACAAUCAUCCCCCAAAGAAGCGUCGCCUAUAAUCAGAAUAACUAUAUUUUAAGAAGAAUGAUAUAUUAAAGAGCCAUGUCUUGGCAAAAUG